AUGGCGAAAAGAAUAAAUGAGACAACUAGCCACAAUGGUAUUAAAUGGCAUUUUAACCCACCAGCAGUCCCUCAUUUUGGAGGAAAUCAUGAAAUCAUGAUAAAAACGGCAAAACGAGCAGUUUAUUGGCAACUGCGAAAUGCGGUUAUUACUGACAAUGAACUUGUUACAGCUGAUCCUAAAGACUGCACACCUCUUACACCAAAUGAUUUUUUAUUUGGACAAUUAGGUGGUAAAUUUGCCGCUGAUGCAGUGGAUAUUACUUCAUUUAACCCAAAAAGAAGAUGGCAACGAGUCCAAUAA